AUGCUCAGGAAGUUAGCGGAGAAGUAUGCAAUGCCCGCGCGGAUGUGGCGAUAUGGCAUCCAUUCGUUCCUGGAGCUGCUCCGCCAUCGACUCCCUGGAUCGCUAGACCAUAUGCUCACCUUUAUCUAUAUCGCAUACUCGAUGAUGACAUUGCUGCUAGAAAGCGUCCCUUCGUUUGAAGAAACCUGGAUCGAGUGCCUGGGGGAUCUGGCCCGGUACCGGAUGGCCGUCGAAGAAAACGACAUGCGGGAUCGCGAAGUCUGGUCUGGAGUGGCUCGAUAUUGGUAUAAUAAGGCGGCCGAUAAGAAUCCCGGAAUUGGCCGGAUCCAACAUCACCUGGCGGUACUGGCAAGACCGAAUAUCCUGCAACAACUCUUCUACUAUUCAAAGUCCUUGGUCAGCAUUCAGCCUUUCUUAAGCACCCGGGAAAGCAUUCUUCUCCUUUUCAAUCCACUUUUAGAUCCCGCGAGGCCAGUGAGCAGUCGUUAUCCACCUCUCUUAACUGCAUUUGUGUGUGCCCAUGGGUUCCUUUUCACGCGGGGCAAAAUCAACGCAUUUACUAUGUCCGCGCACCAGUUCCUAUCAAGUUUAGGUACAUAUAUAGGCCGGAUUGGCGCCGUCUUCCGCGAACAGGGCGUUUAUAUCGCCUCCUCGAAUUAUGCGGCCAUCUUCGACUUUGGGCAGUCUGACGCCAUUCUCCCACGCAUGUUUGAGCCAAGGGCGCUUCAAGAAAUUCCAUCUUCUUCAGCGCGAUAUGAGUCUGCCCAGAGAUUCUGGGAAAGCCAUACAUCAUCGUCAUCUCUUGAGCUGAGUGUGCUAUCUCAGCGCGAUGGGCCACGGUCAGAAGAUGACCGGUUCAGCAGCUCUAUCCAGGUUCUCUCUUUCGCCUCACAUCUGGCAUUCUCUACAUUACGAAUCAUCUUGGGACAGAUUGGCGAUAAAAAUGUGCUCCCUAGUGUGCAUCUGUCAUUAGCUUUUCUUUGGAGUAUGGCGUUGGUUCCAACAAGCAUGACUUAUAUCGAAGCGGAUGUUCCCUGGGUGCAGAUCGCAUCGUUUCUCAAUACGUUAAUACGGCCUGAUAUGGACAUGUCCAAGGUUGAAGAUGAGCAGUUCCCGAGCUACGAGACCGGCUCGUCGAGGCAGUUGCCGGAAGACUUCUUGAUCCGCGGCCAGGCGUGGAGUCAGCUCUACUACCCGGAACACUUCUUUGAUGUGACGGCAGACGAGGAGGAGCGAUCGAUCGAGCUGCCGUCGGUGAUUGUGCCGCGCACUCAUCGGUGCUUGUGGCUAGGAGUGCGCAUUGCAAGUUUCAAAUGCUGGAUCACAUAUGAUUCCGACCGGAAGGUAUUCCUACCCACGCCGUUCGCGUACGAACUCGAGAACGCCGCCCGGCAACACAAUCCCCUGCAAGGUGUAUCAGGCGCGGAAGCAUCAUCUUCAUCUUCAUCCCACGACAACGAUACCACCAUGACGGAUUCGAACGAUAUAAUAUAA